GACGGAGCAAGACAGGGAAGGAGGGGGCAGCGGGGCCUCCGCAGCAGCGAGGCUUGGCGGGGCCGCCGGGGCAGAGAGCAGCCCCGGUGCGCCAGCGGCUCCCCAACCGCGGCGCUUUCCGAGGGGCAGCGACAGGGACUGUGCUGCUGAUAAACACCUUGCCUCCAGUAACCCUCAGAAUCUCUCAUGGAAAGGAUGAUGGUCUCCAGUUUACAGAUGGGGAAACUGAAGCUCAGAAGAGGGAAUGGAUCAGCUCAAGGUCAACAGUAAGCGGCAGACUCAGCAUUGGAACCCAGGUCUGACCAGAGAGGCAUGCAAAGGAUUAACAUUUACUGAGCACCUACAGUGUGCCAGGGCCUUUACACACAUACUCACAAAAACCCUUCAUCUGAAGUGCUAUUGUCCCCAUUCUAUAGAUGAGAGAGUGAAAGCCCAGAGCCGGAGGAGACCGAGACUGGUCUGCGGUCACACGAGUGACAGAGCUAAGGAUGAAACCUCGACCUGCUUAAUGCCAAGCGCAGGGUGAUACUGUCGCUGCUCGUCCAGGGAACACACUCGGAGAACUACGGGUCUGCAGUGAUUCUCCCAGCAAUGCCAGGUGGUAAAUAAGUAUCACUAUCCUCGUUUUGCUGCGGACGAAACAGGGUCAGAGUGCUGGAGUGUCCGAGAUCCCAGAGUAUACUUCUGGGAUACGAACAUCCAAGUUUGUCUGGAAAGAGGAGGCAUCCUGCAUGAACACUUUCCCAGGUGCCAGGACAUCCUGCCAUUCAACCACUUUCAUAGUCCUCCAAGACCGCUGCACUGCAGCCAUGGUGAGCGAGUCCCCCGGGGACGGGGCCAGAGUCCCCUGGCGGCGAAGCGACGAGGCGCUGCGCGUGAACGUGGGCGGCGUGCGGCGGCGGCUCAGCGCGCGCGCCCUGGCGCGCUUUCCGGGCACGCGGCUGGGCCGCCUGCAGGCCGCGGCGUCUGAGGAGCAGGCGCGGCGCCUGUGCGACGACUACGACGCCACGGCACACGAGUUCUACUUCGACCGGCACCCGGGCUUCUUCCUCGGGCUGCUGCACUUCUACCGCACCGGCCGCUUGCACGUGCUCGACGAGCUGUGCGUCUUCGCCUUCGGCCAGGAGGCUGAUUACUGGGGCCUGGGCGAGAGCGCGCUGGCCACGUGCUGCCGCGCGCGCUACCUGGAGCGGCGCGUGGCGCGGCCGCGCGCCUGGGACGAGGACAGCGACGCGCCGAGUAGCGUGGACCCGAACCCCGGCGAGAUCUCCGACGUGCAGCGCGAGCUGGCGCGCUAUGGCGCGGCGCGUUGCGGCCGCCUGCGCCGCCGCCUCUGGCUCACCAUGGAGAACCCGGGCUACUCACUGCCCAGCAAACUCUUCAGCUGCGUCUCCAUCGGCGUGGUGCUCGCCUCCAUCGCCGCUAUGUGCAUCCACAGCCUACCUGAGUACCAGGCCCGCGAAGCAGAGGCCGCCCUGGCUGCGGUGGCCGCGGGCCGCAGCGCGGAAGAGGCGCGCGACGACCCUGUGCUGCGGCGCCUGGAGUACUUCUGCAUCGCCUGGUUCAGCUUCGAGGUGUCGUCGCGCCUCCUGCUGGCGCCCAGCACGCGUAAUUUCUUCUGCCACCCACUGAACCUCAUCGACAUCGUGUCUGUGCUGCCUUUCUAUCUCACGCUGGUGGCUGGGGCGGCUCUUGGCGGCCAGGGAGGCGCGGGCGGCGAGGAGCUCGGCUACCUGGGCAAGGUGGUGCAGGUGUUCCGCCUCAUGCGCAUCUUCCGCGUGCUCAAGUUGGCGCGCCACUCCACUGGGCUGCGAUCGCUGGGCGCCACGCUCAAGCACAGCUACCGCGAGGUGGGCAUCUUACUGCUGUACCUGGCCGUGGGUGUGUCCGUGUUCUCCGGCGUGGCCUACACAGCCGAGAAGGAGGAGGACGUAGGCUUCGACACCAUCCCGGCCUGCUGGUGGUGGGGCACCGUGAGCAUGACCACCGUGGGCUACGGAGACGUGGUGCCGGUGACGGUGGCCGGCAAGCUGGCAGCCUCGGGCUGCAUUCUAGGGGGCAUCCUGGUGGUCGCCCUCCCCAUCACCAUCAUCUUCAACAAGUUCUCCCAUUUCUACCGGCGCCAGAAGGCUCUGGAAGCUGCCGUGCGCAACAGUGACCACCGGGAGUUUGAGGACUUGCUGAGCAGCGUGGAUGGGGUGUCAGAGGGGUCUCUGGAGACAUCCCGCGAGACCUUCCAGGAGGGAAGGUCUGCAGACCUGGAGGUUUCGGACCCCAGUGGGCCUCCAAACGCUCAGAUUUAUUAAAACCAGGGCUCCAUGUCCCCCUUCCCACACGCCUACAGUCAGCUGCAGCAGAGAUUCUUCCCCUGCGUAAGUUCUUCAUGGUCGCAUGACCACUCGGGAUCAUUCACGCUGGCCUGAGAAGUGACCCCCAGAGGCUGGGUCCCUUCCUCCAAAGGCCCAGGGCAGGAUAGUGUUACCCUAGAUUGUGUGAGCCUGGAGAGUGACCCAGAGACCUUUAUAAACAAACCUCCAAGCCAUCUAGGAAACAGCAUGAGCAAGAGGGAGAAAGCUGAAAGGAUGCUAACAGUUCCUAAGCACCUGCUGUCUGUUAACCAGAUCAUAUUUGGUCCUAUGUUGCAGGAUAAGAAUUAUCCCCAUUUCACAGUGGAGUAAACUGAGGCUCAGAGAGGUGCAUUGACUUGCCCAGAUGUCACGCAUCUAGGAGUCAGGUUUGGAAUGUGUGCUUGUGGGCCUGCCCAAACAAUGUUCCUCCCAACCUGUCUUCUGCCCUCACAAAGUUCGCGUGGGGUUUCCGUGGGUUCAUGGAUCCCUGGAGUUGAUCCUUAGAGUUAGAAUCCUAUGUUAAGCUUGGGAAAGGACCAGACGGGAUUCAGAUAUAGGGAGCCCUAGACCUCAGCUGUGGUUCUUUUCCAGGAGCUUCCAACAGGAGUCAGCUCUCCAAGGUGAGGUCUGGGAGGAAGGAAGAGGUUGCUGCCUCCUUAGCUGAUGCAUGAGAUUUGCUGAGCAGGAAUCCUGUAGCUUCCUCCCAGGGCUGGCUUGAGAUACGGAUAAAGGGGCCCUGGCCUGAGACCGGAAGUCUAGACCCAGCUAUGGGACCUGAUACGUGAAACAAGUCCUUGCCCCAUCUCCGGAUUUCAGCCCAUCUGCCAAAUGAUCAUAGUCUGGGCCCAGAGGGAGAUGAAAGCCAAAUGGAGCAGGGGAGGCACUGAUUUCAAGCUAGCUUGGCUCUGAAAUGUUGGUGGCAAGGAGCUGCCAGUGCAUGGACACCUGUCCCCCAACCCUGGGUCCCCCUAGUCUGACCUUGGCAGUUUCUGUCUGCCCAGCAGGCAGACCUCGAACCGUACCUUGAGUUAUCAUCCAGACACAUGCUCGAGAUUCCCGUCCCUUUUGGCCAGCUCCAGCCCCCUCCUCCUUGCUGGGGGCAUAUCUCGUGUGCCCACCUACUGAAUCCUCUGUUUACUUGCUAGAAAAGUUGGGAGGAAGGGUCCCCAUAGCCCUUCCACAUACUGUCGCCACCACUGUAUUGUCAUUGCUGGAUUAGCUGUUUGUCCCAUCACUCUGAGCUUCAAGAUGGAUGACACUGUCUGGUUGAACCCAGACAGUGGUGUAGGUAUUUAGGAAAUGUUGAAUAGAUCAACCAGUUCAUAUGGCUAGUGUGCGCCGAGCACUGCGGAGAGAGAGGCAAGUGCCAGGGAGAGACCUUGCCCUUAAGAGAGUGGUGGUAAGAAUGAAAAGGAGGUCCUUUCACUUUUGCCUCCCUCUUCUUCCUUGCUUUUUGAGGCUUUUACAAUGAUUUCCUUGUCGAGUCUUCAUUCACUCCUUCAACAAAUAUCCACUGGAAAAGUCAUAAGCUGGCGCUUCACCUGUGGCCUGAAGACAGGUUUUGUUUUAGCGGAACAGUAUUUUUAGAGUGUUUUAAAACUUUGAAUGCCUUUGGGGGAGGCGUGCACAGUUCCCGAUCGCGCCCCCGCCCCCCACACACAGCCGCUCCUGUGUUAGCCCCACCAUUUCUCAGAUUUACUUUACCCACUGGCCUGUGAUUUAUUGACUUCUUACUAGGUUCGAGAGAUAACAGUGUCAAGCCAAAUAUAUAAUCCUACAUCCCUGUGUCCUGAAGCUUACAGACUAGUAGGGAGACGGAUUUUAAUCCAUUCAUUACAUAAAUAUGUAAUAAUGAGCUCUCCUAAGUGUAGGGAAUUAUAAGCAUGUAUAAUGAAUGUCAUAGGGACCAUUAACCAAGGUCAGAGAAGACUUUCCUGAGCAAGUGACAAUUGAACCUGCCAUCAUAUGGGUAAACAGUGAUUAGCCAAUGGGGGUGCCAGGGAAGCAGUGUAUUCCAAGCAGAGGGAACAGCAUGUGUGGAGGCCUCAUGUUUUACACAGGGCCUGGCACAUAGUAAGCUUCCACAUGUAGAUGGAUUCCCGUCUCCAGAUUGGAGCAGAGACUGGAGCUAAGCCAAGCGGCUGCUCGUGAAUUGACCACAUCUGUGCACCACCAGCCCUCCUGCACGCUCACCUUGUCACGUCCAGGUCCAGCUCUGCCCACAUUGGGGCACGGACCAGGAGGGCUGCAUGCACCGCCCUUAUGGUCUUGCUGACCAUACAAAGGAGCCAGUUAGCUUCCAGACAUUCUGACCCCACAGACAAAUCCCUAAAGCUGGUGUGGGGAAAGCUCCCGGGGGAAUCGUCUGGCUUGCAUCCAUCAUGAGGUUGUGUGUGGUCCUGGCAGAAAAACAGCAACUCACUCCCACUCCCAUGUAGCAGUGAAAGCCACUAUGCAAAUAAAGAGGCUGGGCCCACAGACCUGUUUCUGCCUGUA